UCCCCAUUCUGAAAACCACCCAAAACAGACUCUAAACUCUCUAGAAGAUAACAUUACUUUGGAAUUGAAGAAUCAUACAAUAGCCCAGAGAUUAACAUUCAUCAUGCUGAGAUUCGGGCAGCACAUCAUCAAGCCCUCCGUGGUCUUCCUGAAGACUGAGCUCUCCUUUGCUCUUGUGAACCGCAAGCCGGUGGUCCCAGGCCAUGUCCUUGUUUGCCCGCUGCGUCCGGUGGAGCGUUUCCGCGACCUGUGUCCCGAGGAGGUGGCUGAUCUGUUUCGUAUGGCGCAAAGGGUUGGCAACGUGGUGGAGAAACACUUUGGUGCCACUUCACUCACCAUUUCAAUUCAGGAUGGCCCUGAAGCUGGACAAACUGUGAAGCAUGUCCACGUCCAUGUCCUCCCAAGGAGGGUAGGAGACUUCAGCAGGAAUGACGAUGUCUACGAGGAGUUGCAACGACAUGACAAAGAGGAUUCCCCUGACAAGUGGAGAACAGAGGAAGAAAUGGCAGCUGAAGCAGCAAUUCUGAAGAAGUAUUUUCAAGAAAAUUAGAGGUAACAAAGUGUUUGAAAAACAUCCUGUGACAUAAGAAACUCCCUGGAAAGACCUGGUUCUCUUGUUCUCAGUGGCCCUGGAGCUGCAGCUGAACAAUUUUAUUAUGUUCUACAAAUAGGGAUUCUUCUAUGAAAAAUUUUAUUGGACCUUUGGAUAUCGUCAAGGUUGAAUUUCAGCUAAGACAACUAACAGCGCUGAUUCAAAUACUGCUCUGAGUAGUAACUCAUAUUUUUCUGAAAUGUAUACUUGGGAACAAAUCAUUUAAAAUUGUCCCUUGGUCUAAAUUGAAAUAAAGUGCUAGCAAAACUGG